CCCGGAGAGAAACACAAUUCUGUUUGCUUCUUCGAGUGACUGAUCAAUCACAAAAGAGACCGGGGCAUGUGAAUGGUCGUCGUCCUUGCAUGGCUUUGCAAUGGACAGUGGACGAAGUGGUCACGUCACGACCCUUAAGUCCCGAACGCGGAAAUACACGACGAAAAUAAUAACACAUUCAGUAUUUCCUGUUGUUUUCAAUUUAAGAGAGGGACGGCAGCGAAGGACGACCUUUUCCACGAGCAUUACUGUCUACAGAAAAAAAAAUGAUUUCGCCAUGGAUGCCAUAUAAAUGUUGAUUCGAGAUAUAAUCAGAUUCAUCUCUUCUGCGAGACUCUCUCAUUAUCGUGCGGCGUAACGUCAGUAUUGUCAGCAGGGCAAGGAGUGCAUAACGGCAUAAACAGGUAUUAUAGGAGAUGUGUAGGAAUCCUAGAACAUGAGUCAUCGCAUCGCCUUAUAAUGAGAUGAUAGAAAUGGCGACAUCGGGGAGGAUGGAACUGCGAGACUGAUAGUCCUGAUUUUCAGCCAUAUCGCGGAAGGAACAUCAGAUCCUGUGUGAACUGAUCCGGUAAGGCAAGAGAGAACGAUGAACAUAAAUUUGAAUUUCUGAUAAUGAUGUUUUAACUGGAAUUCGACACAUUUGCAUCAUUUGAAAGAUUUCAAGCUGUUGUUGGCGUUUGUGAUUGUGAAGAGGAUUCAGAUAUAUUCGCUUUGAUUUUUCCUUGCGAAAAAAAAAACAACUGCACGGUAUCUGAAAAUAUCCUGCGUCAUGCACUUUCCCCUCUCAUAACUGUGAUUAUCUGGACACUGUGUUCUUGAUCGGCUUACGAAUAUAAAACAAAAGCUAUCAUGGCCGAUCCAUCGCAGAGUGUUGCUUCUUUAUAUGGGUGUGUCUUGAUCUGCAUCAUCUUAACGCUCGGGACUGUAUCGGUCUCCUCCCAGACUACAACCGUCAGCAUCUUACCAGAGUUCACCUCAGAGCCCCGGGAGGGGGAUGCAGUCACGCUCCGCUGCGAGGCCCUCGGCUUCCAGUCCGGCAUGUAUUUCUUGAGCUGGGUGGCGGUGUUUCCUGACCAAGCUAAGAUCCUCACUUGGCAGGGCGAGCUGGACAGCCGUAUAACUGACCCCGCCUACACGGUGGUCAACAACGCCACCAGUGACCCCUCCACCAAGCCCGAGAUCCACAGCCUGGUUAUCAACCCCGCUAGUCAGAGCAACAACGGAAUGUACACCUGUCGAGUCUUGGAAGUGCUAAACGGUAACAGCUACUCAGUCAUCUCCAGUGCCCAGAUUGACUUGACUGUGUAUCCUGCUAGGAUCUUCCCUUCUUGCUCGCCGAACGGUGCGGCAUCUUUGUCGGAAGGCAGCUCGGUUUCUUGUACUGUCACGGCUAACACCACGACACUCGUCGUCACCAUGGCUGGACGCAGCGCUCCGGAGGAUUGGCCGUCCAGUUCGCUUACUCCCGACCCGGGCUCGCGGCUGACUGCAUCGGUCACCACCGCUGACGAUGGUGUGACAUUCAACUGUUCCUCGAUCGCUAUGGAAUUCCCCGAUGUGACCCUUGAUUGCCAGAUUGGGCCGCUGUCAGUUUCCUCUCCAACCACCGCUGCCUCCUCAACAGACUAUGAUCAGACGGAGUCCUCAACGACUGUGGCACCUGCUGCCAUUAGCGCCGGAGUCGUUGUCGCCAUUAUUCUCAUCAUCUUACUCAUCCUCGUCGCCAUCGUUAUCCUUGCCUUCAUUCUCCACCGUCGUAGAGGGAGACUACGCCCCUUGGACAAAGAUCGAGACAGACCAACUCCUACCGGCGCCUCAUCACCACCUCCCGAACAGCAUCCGAUAGAAAACGACAAGACGGCCCCUCCGAAACCGGUACCCUACGCGCUGAGCAAACGGCACCCGUCCAAACAAGCACCUGUUGUGUACUCCUCUGCUCAAGGAAGGGGCAAAGUGUCCUCGGAAGACCCUCCCGAAGGAGGUAUCUACGCCAAAGUUCACAAGGAACGCCAAGUCCCCAGCAAGCCGGAUGCGAAGCCGGUACACUACGCAUCAGUCAACAAGCCCCGUAAGAGUAAGAAAGUGCAGGACAUGGAGCCAGCUCACUACGCUGCGGUCAACAAACUCAAAGAUCCCAGAGAGAGCACGGAACCGGCGCAGUACGCCGCCGUCCAGCGGAACGGGCCUCGAGCCUCGAACAUGGCUUCAAGGGGGGGCGGACUCAUUUACGCAGAACUGGAUUUGGUGAAACCUCCAGACAGUGAAAACCAGAGGCCAGUUCCUGAGGAGGAACCGACAGUUUAUGCCGAGUUAGCAAAUUUAAAAUAGAGCACACAAUGAUUUUAUAUUUUGUCAGUACAGUAUUGUAUUAAGUAACAGCGAAUUUCUUUUAGAUUUACAGAUUAUGAGACUUUGGAUUUUUUUUAGAUGUUAGCAGGUGCUUAUAAUAACAACUUCCAUUUCGGCUGAACUUAAAUUAAUGAAGUCACUCUUUUUAUAUGUGUUUAAAGGGCCCAUGUGGCAUUAUUUUUAAUGCAGUCUUUGUAAAUGCACCUAUACAUGUAAGUUGUGUCCCAUUUAACCUUAUUUUAAAUUUUCAUUUUGCCAUUCUUAAGGGCAUAUUGCUGCCUUUUUGGAUUUUAUGCCAAUGCAAAUUUGCAUACAUUGUAUUUAUGAGCAAAAGUAUAGUGUCAUUUCAGGCUAUUUCAGCACCAAAGCUUUGGAUAGUUUGCUGUCGUAAUUUCCCUUUCUUUGUUAUUCGUUAGUGUUUCAGUACAUGACAAUAGGUCAGUGAGCAAGUUUUUCUCACAAAUUUGUCAAUGUUUUGAGCAAAUUGUGGCUUCAUUUGAACAGAAAAUCAUAGCAACAGCGUCCUCAUGUGUCAGGAAAAGCAUGGAACAUGUUCAAUGUUUCAAGAAGUGCAAUUUUCAAUAAAAUUAACAAAAAAAGGAUGUCAAAUAGUUUUCAUGCAUUUAAGAGGAGUAGAAAGUUGCCGAAAAUAUGUUCCCAAGUAAAAUGCAUGUCAUGGGCCCUUAUAAAAAGAUCCUUGUUUGAUAAUGCGCAACACUUCGUGAGUCGGUGCUGUAACUUACAAAACCCUUCCGCUUCUGGACUAAUCAACCUAUUUUACACCUGUUUUCAAUUUGUAUUUAUGUCAGUAAGCAUGUAAAAUCUUUCACGUUGAUGUCCGUUUAACAUGUAUUACAUAUCAGUGACGUAUAUAUGUUCAUAUACAGGGCGAGUCAAAAAAGGCGAAACCCAAAUGUCGGGACUAUUGGUUUAGUGAAGUUCUGCAUGUAGCGUGAAAAGUACAUGAGUGAUUUGAAUGAUUCUUAUACAGAAAGAAAGCUUAGGAAUUGGGAAUUCAUAUCCUAGAUAUUGAAAGUGGUACACGCAGAAAUUCACUAAGACAAUGGUCCCGACAUUUGGGGUUCGGGUUUUUUUUACUCACCAUGUACAGUGUGUUUUUGUGAUCAUUUAGAUCACAUAAACACAAUGUGAAAUGUUCAAGCUGAGUGAUGUUCCUGCAGGAGCUUGUCAGAUAUAGUAAUCAAGAUCAAAAUCAAAAUAUAGAUUAUGACUUUUUAUUCAUUUGUGUAAAUCGGUGCACCGCACGGUAAAAGGCCGUUCAAGUGACAUUUCUUGGUUUUCCUUCUUCCAUUUUUGUGAUAAUCCACGACUUCCUAGUCGUAUUGUUCGAAUCAGUGUUAUUGUCACCUUGUUUAACAAAAAUAUUAAACAAUUUAAAAACUUCGCACUUUAAUCGUUAAAAUGACAGUGAGGUUAAAAAUCGCAGUGUUAUCAAUAAUAGUGGUAGGAAGUUAAUCAUGUUAAUAGGGGCGGAUUAGCAUUCAGGAAACGAGGGGUCGGUGUAAAGGGGGCGGGGUUGCAUUUAAGUUGAGUUUAAGGCAAGCCCUGCUAGAUGUUGAAACCUACAUUUCUCCUGCAUUCUAAGACAAUUCAAGAAUAAAUUUAGGAACUUCAGCAUUCCCUUUAUCAUUUUGGCUCCAUGUUACUAUUUCAUAUAUCAUUAUUCAGCGGCUGAUCUACGGGGGGGGGGGGGGUUACAAUCCCCACCCCUCCGCUACUGGUUAAUAGGAUACAAUGAAAAUGUUCAUUGUGUGCAUUGAUAUUUUAGUCAUGGUCCCACGCAAGUUGACACAAUAGACCUUUAUCAUGCUGCCACCAUUUCAGUCAUGUUCCCUGUAUCCAAUACCAGUACUGAAUGAUAAUGUUUUUGUACAAAAAGGAACCAGACUGUUUUUCCUUCCAGCCUCGCUUUGGUAACGUGAUUUAAUUGAUUGUGAAAAAAAAUCAAGAUGGCCGCAACAUGAUAAUGGUCUAGAUACAUUUUGUAGUGCCUUUUUCCCCCAGUAAGUGCCAUUGGUUCACAUUCAGUUCAUUUUAAUUUCACAAUCAAUGAGCAUGCGUGCAUUUUCUGUACAUUGUGCAUGUACAUUGUAUUAGUGUUGUAUGCUGCUGUUUUCAUGUUUGUUGACCCACGCGUAUAUACUGAUGGAAAACCAACAUGAAACAGUCGAAGGAAGAAAUGAAUAAUUACGGGAAGCCUUCUAAUUAUCAAUGUUUGUCUAAUAUAUUUUCAAAUUAUUUGACAGUUUCCUGUUUGACACACAGCGAUUUAGCUUCAGAAACAGAAAUCAAACGCAAAAUGCGAAAAUAAAUAGGGCGGCAUUUACAACUUCAGUCAAAAUUAGAUUACUGUUCGGGAAAAGAAAGGGUCACUUUCACAGGAAAAGGCCUAAUUGUUAAUCAUAUUUAAUUACAUAAAUGCAACGUUUGUGCACGCUAACCGUCCAACGACUGUUUUAUGUCUCUUUGAACGACAGUAAUUUCUAUAUUUUAUUUUUUUAAUUGAGAAUUUAAUAAGGAGUAUUUUAACGUAAGUAUUCUUUGACACAAUGAAGUUGUAAUAUCGAAAAUUAGGUCGUGCACAGAUGAACUAAUUUUGGUCGUUGUUAUUGUACUCACUUGUUGAUGGUGGAAAUUGUAAAUGCAUUGCAAUGUUUUAAAAAUGUUGGGAAAGGAGAAUUCUUUAAAUAUGACAAAAUUAUUUUCGGUCAGGCUGAAAAAAAUGUUUUUAUAGGACAGUGUCGAUUAUGCAAAAUAAAGUUGAACAUCAGUUAAGACAU